UUGUCUGCUGACUGAGGUAUUCCUACGAGCAGCGACUGGGGCAGCUGGAAGUUACAGUGCGACUCUAUGUGCGUACAUUUAUCCUCCUGCAGUCCUCCUUGGCUCUCCUGUCUUUAUCGUUUUUUGCCUGGACACCAGCGCUCUCUCCUCGGGUCAGGAGCUCUGGAUUUGCAGGUCAGAGUUAGAGAUCAUGGACCAGGGAGGAGCAGGGGACGAUCAAGGAAACUGGGUCACUGGCAGGCUCUCCUGACUGAUGCCUGUUUGGAUCUGGAGGAAUGGGGUGCACCACCAGCACCGUUGUGGUUGACGGGCUGCGUACGGUCUUAGAGAGGAACUGUAGUGGCUACAUCUGUAAGGGAGCAGCUGAGCCCAUUGGGCCAUCUGAGGCUGAGCGAGCGCUGAGUCGGAGAGAGUCGCGGGUUUUGCCAACACCGAGAGUACUUAAGGUAAAGCCGAAGGUGAUUGAGCCGUUGGACUAUGAAAAUGUGUUGGUGCAGAGGAAAACACAAAUCCUCAGUGAUGUCCUCAGAGACAUGCUGCAGUUCCCCCUGGAGGACUUUGAGAUUUCAACCUUGAGGCGGCAAGGGAGAACUCUCUACCCCACAGUACCUGGAAAUGCAGAGCGGGAGGCCCAGAGUCUGUUUGUCCAAGAGUGCAUUAAGACCUACAAGUCUGACUGGCAUGUCGUUAACUACAAGUAUGAGGACUAUUCUGGAGACUUUCGACAGCUUCCGAACAAAGUGUCCAGGCCUGAUAAACUGGCUGUCCAUGUAUUUGAAGUGGAUGAGGAUGUCGACAAAGAUGAGGAUACGGCCUCCCUGGGAUCCCAGAAAGGUGGUUUUUCCAAACAUGGCUGGCUCUAUAAAGGCAACAUGAACAGUGCUAUCAGCGUCACCAUGAGGUCAUUCAAGAGGAGGUAUUUCCAUCUAACCCAGCUCGGGGACGGCUCUUAUAAUUUGAAUUUCUACAAGGAUGAGAAGAUUUCCAAAGAGCCCAAAGGAACCAUCUUCUUAGACUCCUGUAUGGGUGUGGUUCAGAACAACAAGGUUCGACGGUUUGCUUUUGAGCUGAAGAUGCAGGAUAAGAGCACCUACCUGCUGGCUUCAGACAGUGAAGGAGAGAUGGAGGACUGGAUCAACACGCUCAACAAGAUAUUACACAGCAGCUUUGAGAUCGCCAUGCAAGAGAAGAGGAAUGGAGACAUUCAUGAUGAUGAUGAUCUUGGAAAGUCAGACAGUUCCUCUGGCAGCAUGGACAGCUUUCAGAGUGCAAGAGAUAUAGAGUCUAGGAUGAGGAACGAGACCAGAUUGAAGCUGUUCACCCUGGACCCUGACACACAGAAACUUGAUUUCUCAGGAAUAGAGCCGGAUGUGAAGCAGUUUGAAGAGAAGUUUGGUAAGCGUGUUCUGGUGAACUGCAAUGACCUCUCAUUUAACCUGCAAAGCUGUGUGGCCGAGAACGAGGAGGGACCAACCACAAACGUGGAGCCAUUUUAUGUCACCCUGUCACUGUUCGACAUCCAGAACAGCAGGAAGAUCUCCUCUGACUUCCACGUGGACUUAAACCACCCAUCUGUAAGGGGCAUGGUGCCCAGUAACACCAGUCAGUAUAUGAACGGGGGAGGGGACACCCACCCUGAGGGGCAGCGGUUGGUUCAUGGGGUGCCAGAGGCAGCUAUGCAGUAUCCAAGACUGGGAGUUUUCUCGGUAACUUGCCCUCACCCAGAUAUCUUCCUGGUGGCUCGCAUAGAGAAGGUGCUCCAGGGGGGAAUCAACCACUGUGCCGAGCCGUAUAUGAAGAGUUCAGACUCCACAAAGGUGGCACAGAAGGUCCUGAAAAAUGCCAAGCUGGCAUGUUGCCGGUUAGGACAGUACAGGAUGCCUUUUGCCUGGGCAGCAAGGCCUUUGUUCAAAGAUGCUUCAGGGACGCUUGACAAAAGUGCUCGUUUCUCAGCCCUGUUCAGACAGGACAGCAACAAGCUAUCUAAUGAGGAUAUGCUUAAACUGCUGGCUGAUUUCAGAAAGCCAGAGAAGAUGGCCAAGCUGCCUGUGAUCCUAGGAAACCUUGAUGUUACCAUAGACAAUGUAGCCCCCAACUUAACAACACUUGAAGGUCAGAUGAAAGAGGGUUUUCAUCAAGUGCUUAUGGAAACCGGGGGACCCUUGCUUACCAAAAAUGCCUUUGCUGCAGUAUUACAUCACCAGCAAACCCCCGAAUUCUAUGAUGAGUUUAAGAUUGAGCUGCCAACCCAGCUCCACGAGAAACAUCAUCUGCUCUUUACCUUCCACCACAUCAGCUGUGACAGCAACAGCAAGGCCAGCACCAAAAAGAGAGACCUGGUUGAGACUCAAGUGGGUUACGCCUGGCUCCCCCUGCUAAAAGACGGCCGGGUGACCAUGAAUGAGAGUCAAAUCCCUGUGGCUGCCAACCUGCCUGCUGGAUACCUUAACUGUCAGGAGGGUGCCAGCAAGCAUUCGGGCCCUGAAGUCAAAUGGGUGGAUGGAGGCAAGCCUGUAUUUAAGGUUUCCACUCACCUUGUGUCCACUGUCUACACUCAGGAUCAACAUUUGCACAAUUUCUUUCAUCACUGUCAGAGCACUGCACCUGAAACCCAGGUGUUAGGAGGAGAACUGGUCAAAUACCUAAAGAGUCUGCAUGCCAUGGAGAGCCAUGUGAUGAUAAAGUUCCUGCCUACAACCCUUAAUCAACUGUUCAGGGUGCUAACCAGUGCCACCCAAGAGGACGUGGCAGUCAAUGUCACCAGAGUCAUGAUACACAUUGUUGCCCAGUGCCACGAGGAGGGAUUAGAGCACUACCUGAGAUCAUAUGUGAAGUUUGUAUUCAAGACUGAGCCACACACAUCCUCAACCAACCGAUCGGUACACGAGGAGUUGGCUAAAGCCAUGACUGCUAUCUUGAAGCCUUCCACUGACUUUCUCACUUGUAACAAACUCCUCAAGUACUCCUGGUAUUUCUUUGAAGCCUUAGUCAAGUCCAUGGCUCAGUACUUGAUUGAGAGCUGUAAAGUGAAGCUGUCCAGGAAUCAGCGCUUCUCUGCAUCCUUCCAUCACACUGUGGAGACUCUGGUCAACAUGAUGAUGCCACACAUCACUCAGAAAUACAAAGACAACCUAGAUGCCGCCAGGAAUGCCAACCACAGUCUUGCAGUCUUCAUCAAGCGCUGUUUCAACCUGAUGGACAGAGGCUUUAUUUUCAAGCAGAUCAACAACUAUAUUAACUGUUUUAUGCCUGGAGACCCAAAGACGCUGUUCGAGUUCAGGUUUGAGUUCCUGCGCGUUGUGUGCAACCACGAGCAUUAUGUCCCUUUAAACCUGCCCAUGCCAUUUGGAAAAGGAAGGAUAUUAAGAUUUCAAGACCUCCAGAUGGAUUACUCGCUGACAGAUGACUUCUGCAAGAACCACUUCCUGGUCGGGCUGCUGCUCAGGGAGGUCAGUGUAGGUCUGCAGGAGUUCAGGGAGAUUCGUCAGAUAGCCAUCUAUGUGCUGAAAAAUCUGAUGAUAAAGCACACAUUUGACGACCGCUACAGCUCCAAAAGCCAGCAGGCCAGGUUGGCCACCCUGUACUUUCCCUUGUUUGGUCUGCUCCAAGAGAAUGUCAACAGACUGAAUGUGAAGGAAGUAUCCCCAUUCACCAUCAACCACUCCAACAAUAAUGGAAGAGAAGAUUCACUUCUUGCCAACACUUUGAUAACACCUCCCAGAUCCAGCACCUUUCUGGACACCAGCUUGCACAAAGAUGUUUUUGGAGUCAUCUCCGGCACCUCUUCACCUCACGCGUCGUCAACCCCCAACAUUAACUCUGUGCGCCACGCAGAAUCUCGCGGCUCACUCAUCAGCACUGAUUCUGGCAACAGCCUGCCUGAGAAGAUCAAUGACAAGGCCAACUCUCUCGACAAGAACCAGGCUGCUUCAACAAUGGGAAGUACCUUGCUGCGAUGUGAUAAACUGGACCAGGCAGAAAUCAAGAGCCUACUCAUGUGCUUCUUACACAUGCUCAAAACCAUGUCUGAGGAUGCUUUGUUCACAUAUUGGAACAAGGCUUCACCUGCUGAGUUAAUGGACUUCUUCACUCUAGUCGAAGUGUGCCUCCAUCAGUUCAGAUACAUGGGAAAGAGAUACAUCGCAAGGAACCAGGAUGGGGCAGGACCUGUAGCACAUGAGCGGAAGUCUCAGACUCUGCCUGUGUCCCGUAACAGGGCGGGAAUGAUGCAUGCCCGCUUACAUCAGCUCAGCAGCCUGGAUAACUCAUACACUUUUAACCACACCUACAGUCACUCGGAUGCAGACGUGUUAAAUCAGUCAGUGCUGGAGGCUAACAUCGCUACGGAAGUGUGCAUGACCGUCCUGGACACGCUAAGUAUCUUCAUCAUGGGAUUCAAGACCCAGCUGUGCUCUGACCAUGGCCACAGUCCACUAAUGAAGAAGGUGUUUGAAGUCCACCUCUGUUUCCUGCGGAUCAAUCAGUCAGAGACGGCCCUCAAGCAGGUCUUCACUUCACUGCGCACCUUCAUCUACAAGUUUCCCUGCACAUUUUUUGAAGGACGUGCUGACAUGUGUGCUGCUUUCUGUUAUGAGAUCUUGAAGUGUUGUAACUCCAAGCUGAGCUCCAUUCGCAGCGAUGCCGCCCAUCUGCUCUACUUCCUCAUGAAGAGCAACUUUGACUACACAGGUCGCAAAUCUUUUGUCCGGACGCACUUACAGGUGGUGAUAGCUGUCAGUCAGUUGAUAGCUGAUGUGAUUGGUAUCGGAAGUACCCGCUUUCAGCAGUCUCUGUCAAUAAUCAACAACUGUGCCAACAGUGACAAAACUAUUAAGAACACAGCUUUUCCAUCGGAUGUGAAGGACCUGACCAAACGCAUAAGAACAGUUUUGAUGGCCACGGCUCAGAUGAAGGAGCACGAGAGAGAUCCAGAGAUGCUGGUGGACCUGCAGUACAGCCUCGCCAAGUCUUACGCCAGCACGCCAGAACUACGCAAGACCUGGCUGGACAGCAUGGCCCGGAUCCAUGUGAAGAACGGAGACCUGUCAGAGGCGGCCAUGUGCUAUGUGCAUGUUGCAGCGCUUGUGGCAGAAUACCUGAGGAGAAAAGGCAUGUUCAAGCAAGGCUGCUCAGCGUUUCGUGUCGUGACUCCAAACAUUGAUGAAGAAGCAGCAAUGAUGGAGGACGUUGGCAUGCAGGACGUUCAUUUCAAUGAAGACGUCCUAAUGGAGCUUUUGGAGGAGUGUGCAGAUGGACUGUGGAAAGCUGAGCGUUACGAGCUCAUCUCUGACAUCUACAAGCUCAUUAUCCCCAUUUAUGAGAAGCGCAGGGACUUUGAGAAACUGGCCCACCUAUAUGACACCCUGCAUCGUGCAUACAGCAAAGUGACAGAGGUAAUGCACUCAGGCAAGAGACUGCUGGGCACCUACUUCAGAGUGGCCUUCUUUGGCCAGGGCUUCUUUGAAGAUGAAGAUGGUAAGGAGUACAUCUACAAAGAACCCAAAUUCACCCCACUGUCGGAGGUAUCUCAGAGGCUUCUAAAGCUGUACUCUGACAAGUUCGGACAGGAGAAUGUGAAGAUGAUCCAAGACUCUGGCAGGAUUAACCCCAAAGACCUGGAUUCUAAGUUUGCGUACAUCCAAGUGACACAUGUGACCCCUUACCUGGAGGAGAAAGAGCUGGUGGACAGGAAGACAGACUUCGAGAAGAGCCACAACAUCCGUCGUUUUGUGUUUGAGAUGCCUUUCACCAUAUCAGGCAAAAAGCAAGGCGGGGUGGAGGAGCAGUGCAAACGCAGGACUAUACUAACCACCACGCAUUGUUUCCCUUAUGUAAAGAAACGUAUCGCAGUGAUGUAUCAGCACCACACUGAUCUGAGCCCCAUCGAGGUGGCCAUCGAUGAGAUGAGUAAGAAGGUGGCUGAGAUCAAACAGCUGUGCUCCUCCAGUGAAGUGGACAUGAUCCGUCUGCAGCUCAAACUACAGGGCAGCAUCAGCGUCCAGGUAAACGCAGGACCACUUGCAUAUGCACGAGCUUUUCUGGACGAUGCAUGUGCCAAGAAGUAUCCUGAUAACAAGGUCAAACAGCUGAAAGAGGUCUUCAGGCAUUUUGUUGAGGCAUGUGGCCACGGCUUAAGUAUUAAUGAGCGUCUGAUCAAAGAGGACCAACAGGAGUAUCAUGAUGAGAUGAAAGCCAACUAUAGAGACCUAGCUAGGGAGCUGUCCAUCAUCAUGCAUGAGCAAAUCAGUCCUGUGGAAGAUGGUAUGAAGAGCGUUCUUCCAGACUCGCUUCACAUCUUUAACGCCAUCAGCGGCACGCCAACCAGUGCCACCAUCCACGGCAUCCCCAGCUCUUCCUCUGUGGUAUGAUGCUUGCCUGGGUUAGCCUUGAACCCUGUGCCCUCUAUACUCGCCAACCAGGCAUGCCGGUGAAGCAACAUUGUCUCUUUUGAACCUGAACCUUCUUUUAUUUAGUCAGUUUAACAGGAAACUGACACAAACACAGACAACUCUGACUCCCUCUCACCUUUAUCAGUGAACAAUGACCAAGGCACUGGACCUAUUUAAUGUAUACACGCGGCAUGGCAACUUAUGUUGGAUGUCUGUAACAAUAAACUGAGGGGGAGCCUGAUACCUGCAUCAUGCAGGAGAGAUGACAGAUUUUGCAACCUGCUUCAUGGCCACACAUAAUGUGUCACUUGUUUUUACCUGAAAAUACUGGGCAGUGUUUUCAAUAGAGACAUUCCUGUUGGGAUCUUUGAUAUGCAUGUCAUUAUACUACACCCACCACCCUCCCAACAGCCCAUUUUUUGUUUAUUUUGAUGAUAUUUUUAAUAUUUCACACUGUGUUUUUGUAUGUACAGUAUUCCACUUUUAUAAGCCACUGUUGAUGUCUUGAUGAACAGUAUAUGCUGCAUAUGUUGACGCUCAUCUACCUGUACAUGAAGUUAUAUUUCUACUAAAAGGGCCUCCUAUGACUCAUGUUAGCAUUCAACCUUAAAUCACUUCAAUGUCUUAGAAUGGGAGUGUUUUUAAAUAUUUAAAGCCAUUACAUACAAAUAUUGUGUUCCAAAUUGUUAAUUAAUGUAUAUAAAAAAGGAGUGUGUGCAAUAUUUGCAAAGUAUCUGUGUGGGGCUCAUACACUGUAAAGAUGAUGUUCACCUUCUUGCCAAAGUGAUGAGGUGUGGAAUCAGACACUACGCCUACUGUGGAAGUUAUUUGAAUCUUAUACCAUUUCAGUGUCCAUUGAAUUGUUCCAGAAAUUGUUUUAUAUUUAGGCAGCAAAGUUUUUUUAUUUAACAUAAAGUUACUGUUCUGCUGUAAAAAGAGAUGUUCCUUAAUGCUUUUCUUUUAAAUAAAACACUAAUUUCUCUGCA